GUUUCCUGCAACAGUGGCAUAUAUAAAUAAUUUUCACUUUUCAAAACAUUUCCAGUGGAUAAAAUGCUUAUUUCUAAUUGAAUAGUCUCCCAGUGAAAUACAGAGUAACAUUGUUUCAUGUUAAGUUGAACUUAUUUUAUUUUUCUCUCUCCUUUUUUCCUACAUCAUAAAUCUAUAGUUUGAUUUAAUUAAAUAUUUAUUAGGCUAUAUUAAAGAGAACUAUCUAUAAAAAGAACACAAGCUUAAUUUUUUCGUAAUCCGUUAGCGAAUGUUUAAAUGACGAUUGGUUAAUCGUUUUAUGUCAGCUGAGGAUAAAACCUUUCCGCUGAAGAAAUGGCAUCAAACUCAUUUUGAUGCUGUAAAUUAGUGCAGUGUCAUGUUUUGAAGUGGAUCCAUGUUACGUGACACACAACUAUUCAAUGUUCUCUUUUGUUCCUUGAAUUAUAGACUUCUGAAGUGUUUGGACAAUUAAUGCGGUAGAUAAAUGGGUCAGGAUUUUGCAUGUAAAAAAACAAACUGCAUUGCGCUUUAUUUGGCAUCCAUAGGGAUUAUGUCUGACUCAGUUUUAAUUAUAGUUUAUUCAUUACUUUCCGCCCUGAAUUCAGAGGAAUUAUUUGUUUGCAUUCAGAGAUGAUUAAAAAUAUUUAAAAAUAAUAAAUAUACACACACACACACACACACACACUAGAAUUCUGGUCUUAUAAUCACUGCAUUUUAAGUUAUUAAAAAAUGCUGAUAUUGCAGAAACUUUUCCCUGUAUGGUUAAACGAUAAACUAAUAUUAACAUAAUUUGCCAUUUUGACUGAUUUAGGUUAAUUAGAUUUGAGUAGUGGACUUUUGAUACGCCAGUCUCAAAUAUCACUAAUCCCCAAGGAAAUUAAAAUUUAAAUCUUAAUACUUCAUCCAAAAGAAUUUGCGAGGUUUUCAACAAUGCCAUAUUCAACAUUUGACCAUACGCUGGGACCUCGCGCUGUACAAGGUUACGGAUAACUAAUCAUAAUGAUGGCAAUAAAUAAUCUAAAAAAAUAUUUCAAGCACUCGCAGGGUAAAAACUGGAGUGACUCGUAAAGUAUUCGACGCGCUUGAGAUUUCAACAUAAUAAGACAGCGCCACCUGUUGGACAUUUAGGCUCUUUAAUUUUUAUGUACCUGCCAGGUGUAAAAGAUCUAUCUAUCGAUCUGUCUGUCUAUCGAGUGCUCAAUCAUUUAAGCGACAUCGGCGAUUAAAAGAGUUCAGCUCGCGCUCAAACGUGCCUUACUAUGCGCUUUUACCGAGAUGAAUAAAUCAAGGGGGCACAUUCAAAAUAUAGCUUAGUGAAAGCUUCCUGAGCAAACAGCGCAGGAAGUGUUUUGCAAGAUUGACAUGGCUCCGCGGUGACAACUGGCCUGUUUUUACACCUUCCUUCUAAAUAAGGAAGCGGCCCGUCGGGCAUAUGACCGCCGGUCCAAUUUGGGAGCUGCCAACGGAGCCCAUCAUCACGCCCCAUGUUCUCUCGCGCUCACUCUCGCGCUCGCUCUCCCCGGGCCCGCUCGCGCGGAUCGACGGCGAUUGGGUUUUGGCGUUCAAACCGACCCCCGGCGGCGGUGAGGUCAGCGUGAUGUCAUCCCGAAGGUGAGUGAUGUCAUCCCGAAGAUCUCCCAGGCAAGGUGAGCUUGCAUUUUGGUGAGUGUGUGGUGCUCCCCAUCCAGAGAGGUGAAACAUGGUAAUCAUCAUCGCCGCCGCCACCGCCACCAGCUCAAGCUCUGCCGCCCUGCUCUUCUCAUCUGCCGAGGGGCUUAUUGCGUUACACGCUCGCAGCCCCGACCUGCCUUCCAAAAAUAAGCCCCUGCCACCAUGCCGAAAGAAGAAAAACAAGAGUGGUAUUUUUAGGGGCAUUAAUUUUGACCACGUGCCCCGAGGGUAAACCGGAUGGCCACUGCGCAAAGGUUCCUCAUCAGUAUGUGCGAGAGCAGCGGGCGCUGGACGUGGACUGCGGUUGUUCUGCUGGGCUUUCUGCUUGGGAUCGUGUCCUCCUACCCCAUCUCGAACAGGACUAAUGCAACUUCACUGGAGAAAAGGUGGGAGACGCUCUUCUCCCGCUCCGUUUUGGGGAUCUCGGUGGAGAAAUCGGACCUGAACUGGGAGAGUGACUAUUUGCUGGGCAUUAAAAGAGUGCGGAGGCUGUACUGCAACGUGGGCAUCGGGUUUCACCUGCAGGUCCUGCCAGACGGAAGGAUAAACGGUGUCCAUAAUGAGAACCAGUACAGUCUAAUAGAAAUCUCAGCGGUAGAGAGAGGAGUGGUUAGUCUGUACGGCGUGAACAGCAAGCUGUUUGUCGCAAUGAGCAGCCGCGGAAGGUUAUACGGAACGAGGGCCUUCCGUGACGAGUGCAAGUUCAAGGAGACACUGCUGCCCAACAAUUACAACGCAUAUGAGUCUUCCAUUUACAAGGGCUUUUAUAUCGCCCUCAGCAAACACGGCCGCUUGCAGCGAGGCUACAAGGCUUCCCCAGCAAUGACUGUCACACAUUUCCUCCCACGUUUAUGAGCAAACCUGGCAAUAACACAGUAAUUUGCACAUGUUGGAUGUUCUCGUAGGUAACCCAAACAUGCUAAGAGGUGAACUGCAAAGAACUAAAAUAACACUUACAGUAUUUAUUCUCGUUGAAAUAAUAAUAAUAAUAAUAUAUGUAUAUUUCGGUAGCUUACUUUGUGUCUGAACUUUGUGUACAUGCCAUUCUUUGCUGCUUAUGAUUUCUAUUAUGAAUAUUAUGAGAGUCGAGGAGCUUUUUUUGCUCUCACUUUUUAUGGGUGCUUGCCAUAACUGGUGUAAACCUUACCCGGCAUUGGACUAACAUCCUUAGCUUUUACAGUGAAAUGGAUACUUUUUAUUACCUCAAAGAGCCACGUCCGCAAUGAAAAAAGUUAUGGAGGGAAAAAUAAAUAUCAGUUUACUCUGAUCUUCACAUGUUCCACCAUUUUUCUAGGUAGAUGAAAGCACUUAUUUUUCAUGAUUAGGUCGUGCCUUAGCCUCUACUAUUUUGCCUCCUUUUAUGCAUGCAAGAAAGAGGUUUUUGUUCCAUAUUUAGAUCAAUAACCAAAUAGUCGACAUUAAAAACCUAUUGCAUGCAUCUGCAUUGGGAGUUAAACUCAGAGAGGGCUAUUUUACGCCUCGUGUAAGUUCAGAAUCGGACUGAAAGUCUGUGGACGGCUAGUCCUGAAAGGUUUGGGUGCUUCCAUUUGAAUAAAUAUUGAUCAAGCUAGUGAAAUGCACAGAACUGCAUUAAUCUUGAAUUAUGUGGCACGAUUAUAUGAUAGCAUAGCUGUUGCUUAGUAAUAAGAAAACUGCUGAUUUGAUUCAUCAGAUUAAAUAUAGCGUGUGAUUAAGCUCUUUUUUUAAUCAUGUGUAUUGAUAUUAGUGGUGUCUAUGUUUUACCUCUACAGUCAGUGAGGGCUCAUUCACCAACAUGUUGACUGCAUACUUGAACUCCACCUCAAAAAGUCUUUGGAAUGUAAAAACCAAUAUAACCGUCUUAAUCUGUUCGAGAUAACAUAAUUUGCAUUACUUUAUGUUCGGUUACAAGCAUAGACCUGAACACCUGUGCACACUGCUAAAUUCCCAAGUCAGAUGACUUUGUCUAGAGGAUUUGCUUCAAGUCACACUUGAAAUUGAAUUGAACUUCGGUAUUUGUAGGCAUUCCCCUUCCUUUGCCCCGCUUUUUUGUUAUACAACUACAGGAAUAGUUCGGCCAAAAAUUGGCUGUAGAUGUACUCUCAGACCAUCUAAGAUGUAGAUGAGUUUGCUUGUUCAUUUGAAUUUUUUGUUUUUGAGAAAUUUAGCGCAUUCUUAGGCAUCCUCUGCAGUGAAUGGGUGCCGUCAGAAUGAGUCCAAACUGCUUUUUAAAAAUGUAAAUAAUCUGUAAGUAAUCCACACGAAUCCAGUUCAUAAAAAAUGCCUUAUGAAGUGAAAAGAUGCAUAUUUGUAGUAAAAAGAAUCCAUUAAGAUGUUUUUAGCUUCAAACAAGUCUUAUUAUCCAUAAUAUUGCUUGUUUUGUCUAAUGAGAAAAAAUAUGUUGGAUCAAGCAAACUUGAGCCAAAAUAGUUGUAAAAAAUGUUGGUGAAUUUUGAUAUUGUACAAAUGCUCAGCUUUUCACAAAAGAUGUGAACUGAUGGACUGGAACCACGUGGAUUACUUGUAGAUUAUUGUAGUGUUUUAUUCGCUGCCUGGACUCUCAUUCUGACGGCACCCAUUCACUGGAGAGGAUCCAUUGCCAAGUAAUAUUCUCCAAAUCUGUUUCAACAAGAAAACAAACUCUUAUAGAUCCUAUUUGGUCUGAGGACGAGUAAUUUUUAGGUGAACUUCUCCUUUAAAGAAAUAUUAAAUUCAGACAGAUUUAUUAGAACAUCCAGUUGAAGGCUGAGGCUCUCAUUUUCCAUCUUCAUUUUUCUUGCGGUUGCUGCUCCCGCUGCAAUCAAGCUCUGUUUUUAUGUUUGCUACAAACCCUUAAAACACGUACAAAACACAUCAUGUUAGAACACGUGUUGGAUUUCUGUCGCAGCUGCAAUGUGCAGAACAGAAUUAAAGGUUUGAUAAUCACUGCAGCACUAGCAAGUACAUAUUGACCUUGAUUUUGAGACAUAUUAAUGAUACAAAGGAGAAGGAUGUUAUUUUUUAUAACAGUUAUGGCUGGGAUGUUUGAGUCAGGUACACUGAUAUUUAGAUUAUAUACAAUAUGCUCAUGGAGUGUGUUUGUGACUUUUGUUUUCUUAAAGGUAUAUUUCAUCCAAAAAUGAAGAUUACUCGCCGUUGUAUCUUUCCAAACCUGUGUGACAUUUUUUUCUUUUGUGGAAUGUAAAAGAUAUUUUGAAGAAUGUUUUGGACCCUAUUGACUCAUUAUAUGGAAGUUACAUGGGUUUAGAACGACAUGAGGGUGAAUAAAUAAUGACAUAAUUUUCAUUUUUGGGUGAACUGUCUCAGCAGUAUUAAAACUAUGGUCUACGGCUAUGGUCAUUUUUCAAUGUUCUGGGAAUAAAGAGAGAUUUUCAGCCGUACUGUGUUGAAAAUAUGAACUUUAUAUUAGUAUUGACGGCUAUGGAUUUAAAAUUCUUUGUACCCCAAUAUGGCAUGCAAUGUGAUUGCUUCAAUGAAACUGUCAAAAUGACUGCUUUUUUAUGUAUGUGAUGACUGAUGUUAAUUUAUUGAUAUGUAUCUCCACUGUACCCUGUCCUCUACCACAUUUCUGAUCUCUUUAAACUUAGACGAAACGAAAAAUAGAAUUUUGCAUGGUUUUUAAUGCAAAAUGAUGGACAGAAAUGCGCAUCUAGAAGUUAAGCCCUCUAAAACUAAGUGCUUAUACAGAAACGGCUAUUUCUCAUGUAAGUUCCACCUGUCUCUUUGUACUGUACUUUGUCUCCAGCUUUGAAAUGGCCCCAAUUGCGGCUUGCGAGAUGAUUGUAAGGGGUGGUGCAUGUGUGUGUGUGUCCUUGUACGUAUGCAGCCUUUGUGUUUUCUCAGUUUUGUAUUCCUGCACUGAGGGGCAGACGCUUCCUCCAAAUUCCCCUCCUAUUUUCUAACAUAUACCUCACCUUCUGCCUUAGUUCCAAUUUGUUGAAAUGAUUGUACGAUUUGUUGGAGACGACAAACUUUUUGCCAAUCAUUUUGUUCUCUGAAAAAAAAAAAUGAAAAAAGAAAAAAUGAGUAAGAAUUCUAAUAUAUUAAGAAAAUGUUUCCUUUUAUUUUUAUACGUAUGUGCUGUGCACAGCAGCCAACUGUAUUACUGAAAUGAAAAUAAAAGGUUGUUUUUUA